ACCCUAAUCUCACCCAGUCUGUCUCUCGCUCUCUCUCUAGUCUGAGCUCGUGAAACCCUCUCACCGAUCUCUUCCUCGCCCUCUCACAUGCACCCGAGCAAUGCUGGAAACCCUCUCUCUCUGUUCGAAUCGCACCACCGGAAGCCCUCUCUCUUCGUUCGAAUCGCACCACCGAAAGCCCUCUUCUCCGUUCGUUUUGCUUCACUGAUGUGGCACCACCGAAAGCACUCUUCUCCAUCCAUUUCGCACCAGAAAACAUUCCCAAACAAAUGGAGCAUUAUUGGAGGGGCAAAAAAGGAGAAGAAGAAAGCCACAGAUGCACCUUACAGCAAGUGGCAGUGCCAGAUCAUGUAUUAUUGGUAUAAGAAGGUUAAAGCCAUGCCAGGUUCUGAUAUGGGAGGAUUCACUAGGGUUUUGCAUUCAGGAAAUCCAGACAAUUUGAUGGAGGAGAUUCCAACUUUUGUGGUUGCCCCUUUUCCAGACGGGCUGGACUGGGUUGUGGUACCUAGAAUCUCAAACUAA